GCAUCUUUGGGUUGCCAGCGCUCCUUUUCCCUCUACCAAAGGGAGCACGCUCCCCUAAGAGCGACAGUGCCUACGCUAUGUUUGUCACCUCAAGGUUACUGUUCUUCUACCUGGCAAUAUUCGUCGGCGCCAAUGUCGCCUCUCCGGUGGGACUGAACUGCUUCGAUUGUCCCGGGACCAACAAGCACGGCGCGGGGAAUUCGUUCCAGGACAUGCACCACGGUGGGCUCAUCUGCUUUUACUCGGGAAUGUCUGCGGCUUGUUCUUACGAAGCAACAACCGGUGAAGCGUGGCGGGAAAUACCAUCAGACUGUCUUCCAACCGCCCAGCCCGUGCACUGCUCAACAGAGCACGACUCUUCUUCUCCAGCGGCCCGGCCACCUGUUAAGGCGGGAUCCAUCAUGGGCGUCAUGAAGGGCAAGAUGGGGAACAGGCUGACCGCGCAGCAACGGGAAGAGAAGGCGCGCAUCUUGGCAGACUUAUUGGCUGGGGGACAGUUUGGCGCAUGACAUUUACGGGACGAUCUGUUGUAAUUUUCGAUUGUGAACAAUGCAUCAUCAGCUUCUGUA